ACUGUGGAUAGGGGAUAGCUAGCUAGCUUAACCACAAUUCAGACACAGCAAAGAAAAAACUUCUCCGGAAAUGCAAAUACAAUUAUUUUGGUUUUGAAUCCUACACGGGUUUCUACAGGGCCACCAGGUGUAGGAACUAGGACAAAGCCUCUCCCGAUGAGCGGAGCGCGGGGCGAGAAAAGGCGAAAAGAAAACAAAAGAGGAGAAAAAACAGUCAGAUGAAUAAAGAGAUGAUGUCGCGCGUGGUGAAGAAGAGGCUGGCCGACCCCAAAGUGGUCCAGUACGUGUGGGCCGCCAUAGAGGUCAUCCGCAACCAGAAACAAAUCGCGAACAUGGACAGAAUUUCAAAGUACUUGAGCCGCGUGUUCGGGAUGCACCCUAAGGAGACGGCGCGGCAGCUGGCGCUGGCGGUGAAGGACGGCCUGGUGGUGGAGACGCUCACCGUGGGCUGCAAGGGCUCCAAGGCCGGCAUCGAGCAGGAGGGCUACUGGCUCCCCGGCGACGAGACCGAGCCGAUGACUGAAGGAAGCAAGCUGGCUCAGAAUGAGGACUGGGAGACGGAGAGCCACGACUGGUACUGCUUCGGCUGCCACCUCCCCGGCGACGUGUUGCCGUGCGACAACUGCUUCCGCGUCUACCACCUCAAGUGCCUGUCGGAGGAGCCGAAGCCCUGGGACAGCGCCUCCUCCUGGCAGUGCCUGGCCUGCAAGGGCAGUAAAAAGAAGAACCUGAGCAAGCAGGACAUGAACAGAUACCUGCGGUUUAUCGUGCAGAGGAUGAAGGAGAGGGCCGUAGACCUGAACAAGAAAGGCAAAGACACCAAGCACCCCAUGUACAGGAGACUGAUCCACACGGCGCUGGACGUUUCUAACAUACAGGAGAACCUCACCGAGGGAAAAUACAAGAGCUUCGACGAGUUCAAGGCAGACGCCCAGCUCAUCGUGCACAACACCGCCAUCUUGUUCGGAGUACACAGCGACCAAGCAGAAAUUGCGAGACUGCUGUACACCGACACAUGCCACGAGCUUGACGAACUCCAGCUCUGCAGGAACUGUUUCUAUCUGUCAAACGCACGGCCGGACAACUGGUUCUGCUAUCCCUGUGCUCCCAAUCACGAGGUGGUUUGGGCCAAGAUGAAGGGCUUCGGUUACUGGCCCGCCAAGGUCCUGCAGCGGGAGCAGAACCAGGUGGACGUGCGGUUCUUCGGCCACCAGCACCAGAGGGCGUGGAUCCCGGCGGAUAACAUCCAGGACAUCAGCGUGAGCGUGGCGCAGCUGCAGGUGAAGCGCAGCAUGGGCUGGAAGAAGGCCUGCGAGGAGCUGGAGCUGUACCAGCGCUUCCUGCGCGAGGGAAGGUUCUGGAAGGGCCGCGGCGGGGGGGACGAGAAGCAGGAGAGCAUGGAGGAGCCCGAGUCCAGCAUCUCCUCCACCAGCAACGAGCAGCUGAAAGUGAACCAGGAGCCCAGAGCGAAGAAAGGACGCCGCGGCCAAGCCCCGGAGCCCAAAGAGGAGGAGCCUGAGCCCGAGAUGGAGGCGGUGAGCUCCAGCCAGGAGAUCCCCAGCGCCCCGCACCAGCCCGAGAAGCUCUCGGUCUCCACCCAGACCAAAAAGGCGGGCUCGCCCCCGCCCCGCACGCUGCACCGCGCCACGCAGACCAGCACGGACGGGGCCUGCCAGAACAUGUGCCACGAGAAGUACACCAAGAUCUUCAACGACGUCAAGGAGAUGAUGAAGGUGGAGAACAAGCGGGAGACGGACCGCGCGCUCCGGGAGGCGCUGGAGAAGCUCCGCUCGGACAUGGAGGAGGAGAAGAGGGCGGCGCUCAGCAAGGCGGUGUCCAGCGCACAGGCAGAGAUGGACAGAAAGUGUAAGGCGGUGAAGGAGAAGUCUAAGGAGGAGCUGGUGGAGGAGGUGAAGAAGCUGGUGACGCAGCAGAAGCAGGUUGUCUCUCAGACCAAGAAGAAGCAGUGGUGCUAUAACUGCGAGGAGGAGGCCAUGUACCACUGCUGCUGGAACACCUCCUACUGCUCCAUCAAGUGUCAGCAGGAGCACUGGCACGCCGACCACAAACGCACCUGCCGCAGGAAGAGAUGAGCGCCCGCGUCCUGUCUGCUUCCUGCCCACUUCCUGCUCCCCCCCCCACACACACACACCUCCCAAACCCCUCAAACCCCCGACUUUACACUCUGUGGGCUGAGCAGAGUGAUCUACAGGACUGACCAGUGCACAGAGCCACCACACUUUCAUUCUCCAUCCCUCCCUCCCCCCUUUCUCUCGCUCUCUUUCCUACCCUCGCUCUCUCCCUCCUUGUGUACCUCUUGCUCCCCAUCUCUCUCUCUCUCUCUCGCCAUCUCUGCCCCCUCUCUCCCUCCCUCUGUCAUAUGAGAUGUACGCAUUGUGCUGAAUUAAUUUCAGCCCAUGUUCUGAGUUUGUGUAUGGGGCAUGACGCGAAUGCACAGUCCGGAGAUUAUUUCGUCUUUUUUUACUGUAGUGCUAAUUUUACCUUUGUUGGAGAAUGUGUUAUUUAAGUCUGUAGCAAACGAUGAGCAUAAACUAAAAUACAUUUUAUUACUUCGAUUUUUUAAUCACUUUUCUUACUGUAAAUGGCUAACAAACAAACAAAAACAAAAAGUGUGCGGACGUUGAUCUUAAAACUAUCAAUAAUGUUUAUCGCAGCAGUAAAUGGCUUUCAUAGGAAAAAUGUUGAGAAAAAGAUGCUGAUUUUAAAAAAAAAACACAAAAAAAAAAACAAUUAAAAAUGGAAAAUUGUUUUAGGUGUAAUGUAGCCCAUUAACGUUUUCGUGGUGAUUUUAUCAUGUAAAUUUCCCAAUGACUAUCACCUUUUAUCAGUUUUUUUUCCUGUUUGUCUUAAAUGUCCUCGUCAAUGUUGGGAACAGGGUUAUGAAGUCGGGUGUUCCACCUGACCAAAAGAUCUUCCGUUCGCGAUAAACAUUUCGGGUUGAAAUUUACUGCAAUGUUUAUGGGGUGGGGUGGGUCGAUUUGCUCCUUUAGGCUAAAAUUUUGGGGAAUGUAGAGGAAUCUUUACUGAGCUGGAUCUUGGAGAGGAUUUGGUAAUUACUCGUUUUAUGGUUUGCACAUGAAAUUUCUUUUUCUUAACCCAAAUGCUUGUAUAAAUUGCCAAAUAGUAUGUUUGUUGUAUGUCUUAACAGAAAAGGUUUGUUUCUUUUUUCUUGCUUUAAAAAAAAAAAAACUAUUAUCAUUUUUAAUUUCUUUCUUUUUCGUUUUUUUGGCAUCAGUAUCAUGGCUAUUGUGCCGUCAUGGCUGUUGUGAUGUGCUCACUGUAGAUUUGGUUCACGAAAACAUCUCAUUGCUUCUGACGUCCAGCUGACGCAAAACGUUCUCGCAACGCUACUGCCACGUCGUGGCCACGUUAUAACAUUGACAAAACGUCCUAGUGACCUUGUGAGAACAUUCGUGUUGUCUGGGUUUCUGCUGUAGUUGGUGAUAUGCUGCCCGUUUUUCCACACGCGAUCAUCAUCGUCGUCACUCUGAAUGAAGAGAACUGCAUGUGGUUUAAUGUUGAAAACCUCGUUAAAGAAGAAACACGAAGCUUGUGCAAUGUCUGGUUCACAGCGCAAACGGAAAAUGGAUGGAUCAAUAUAAAAUAUAUCUAAGUAUAUUAAAACGUGCAUUGUGUCUUUCCUCCGAAAUGUUAAACUUAAAGUGCAGCACGACGUUUGAAUGGUUCUCCUGCCCUUAAUGUGUACAGUUUAAGAAAGGUGGCGUAGAAAUGGCCAGGUUCAUGUGUAAUUAAAUUAAAUUAAAUUAAAUUAAUGAACAUAAAGAAACUACCUUUCCAGGUCCGAUGCAGCGAGAUUGUGUGAACUCUUUAAAAAUCCUUUUAAUUUUUUUUAUGUUAUUAUUAUUAUUAUUUUUUUAGGAUUUCUUUCACGGGAAAUCGAAAGUUCAAACGGUCGAACUUUCGAUUCAACCGUUUGAACUGCCCAGAGACAGGCGGCUGCCCAGAGACUUUUUUUAUUUUAUUUAUUUCUGGGCAGUGUACAUGAGUAGUCGGUCAUUGUAUGUUGUGGAAAGUAAGUUCUCUCUCUCUCUCUCAAUGUAGAAUGCGACGCGGUCUAAUGAAUCAUGAAUUUUAAGCUUUUUUUAAAAAAACUAAAGAAAAAAAAAAACGAGUCUGGUCUUCCUUGGAUGUCGCCUCUUACUUUUUUUUAUAAGUGGUGCCGUGCGCGCGCCUGUGUGUGUAAAUAAACCUUCGCGUGUCCGACAAGUGCAGGGCACGAGAGCCGAGCUGUGUGUAAUUCCGGGAUAAUUUCCGUUGUCGCCUGAACUGGAGUUUCCUGGCAAAUAUGCAAACAUCACAAUACUGCGUUGGACCCACUACAUGUAUAAAAAUAAAUAAAAAAAACGAGAAAAAAAAAACCUUUGUUGAUACAUUGCAGGUUAUUCCAAGGCCUGGGGAAUUUAAACAGACCACAGAAUAUUUUAUAUUUGUCCAUCCCUGUAAAACGAGCAUUUGUGAUAUUUUCUAGUGGAAAUAUUUUGGUGUCACCAUUCCGGUUUUGUACAAUACGUUGGAUAUCUGCAUGACGGUAAGACGUGUAUUUCAAUUUUAUUUCUUCAUCACAUAGUUGCACUUCCUGAAAUAACGCAAUAUGAAAGUGAUUUUUAUUUUAUUUUUAUUAUUAUUGUUGUGCAAGAAGUUUACCUCACUGCUUAACUGAUACACCACGAUUCAUGUCUCGAGAGUGAAGUGUUACGACUAAAAUUCAAGAAUUGGUCUUCAGCCGAGUAAGCGCUUUCUCUAUCCAUUUGUGUAUGUUUAUUGUGGCUUUCUUUUCGCUUGUGUUUAUGCAGAUUUUUUCUUUUGUUUUUGUUUGCUUUUAGCUAGCGAAAUGUUGUAAUUCUACGUGCUAACAUGGACAAUAAAUGUAUCUACAACCGUUA